AUGAAGGAACCACCAGCAGGAAACAUAAAAUUAGAUGAUGAAGAUGAGAAAAUGAUGGCUGCUGGUAAUUCAAAAAUGGAUCAGAAUAAUGAUAAGGAGAAUGAUGCUGGUGAUGAGAGCAUUCAAAAUGUAACUGGUCGAAAUAGUCCAACUGCUGUUAUCGAUCUCAAAGAACUUACUGAAUCUACUCUCAUGAAAAAAUUUGAGAUGUUGACAGUUGGUGGAACAUCGGCUGCUAAACAUAUAACCGAAGCACAACGACAUAAAUAUCUUUUUUGGGAUACGCAGCCAGUUCCAAAAAUUAAUGAAAUGGUAACAGAGAAUAGAGCUAUCGAACCUCCAUUGGAUAUAUCAGAAGUACGGGAAGAGCCAUUUUCAUUGCCAGAUCCUUUUUGUUGGUGUGAUAUUGAAAUCAAUAGUGUAAAAGAGCUUACUGAACUUUAUACGCUAUUGACAGAGAAUUAUGUGGAAGAUGAUGACAAUAUGUUUCGAUUUGAUUACAGUCCAGAGUUUUUGCUUUGGGCUUUAAAAGCUCCAGGAUGGAUGAAGAACUGGCAUUGCGGUGUUCGGGCAAAAUCAAAUGGAAAAUUGAUUGCUUUUAUUUCUGCUAUUCCUUCAGUUAUACGGGUCUAUGACAAGCAAAUUAAAAUGGUUGAAAUUAAUUUUCUUUGUGUGCACAAGAAACUUCGCUCUAAAAGAGUAGCGCCAGUGUUGAUUCGUGAAAUCACUCGCCGAGUGAAUCGAGAAGGUAUCUUUCAAGCAGUAUUCACAGCUGGUGUUGUUUUACCGAAACCAAUUGCAACCUGCAGAUACUGGCAUCGAUCUUUGAAUCCAAAGAAACUUAUUGAAGUGAAAUUUUCUCAUCUUUCACGGAAAAUGACAAUGCAGAGAACGCUGAAGCUAUAUAAACUUCCAGAUCAUCCCAGAACGGCAAACUUGGUACCGAUGAAGAAAUGUCAUAUUGAUGGUGCUUAUGGUUUACUACAGUGUUAUCUGAAGAAGUUUGACUUAUCUCCUCAAUUUACUCGAGCUGAUUUCGAGCAUUUUUUUAUGCCGCGUGAAGAUGUUAUCUACAGUUAUGUUGCUUUGAAUGAGGAAGAUAGCAAAGUAAGCGAUUUAAUUAGCUUCUACUCAUUGCCUUCAUCAGUUAUGCAUCAUCCGCAGUAUAAAUCAAUUCGUGCAGCAUAUUCAUUCUAUAAUGUCGCCACUUCAGUAACUCUUAAACAACUGAUCAAUGAUGCUCUUAUUCUUGCGCGAAAUUGUGGUUUUGAUGUGUUUAACGCACUUGAUCUCAUGGAUAACAAAGAAAUAUUGGAAGAUCUCAAGUUUGGUAUUGGUGAUGGAAAUUUACAAUAUUAUCUGUAUAACUGGAAGUGUCCUGAUAUCAUACCGGAGAAGAUUGGUCUCGUGCUACAAUAG